UGCGCAGGCGCAGCCUGCGAGCGUGGGGUGUCUCGAGGUUGGCGGCUGCCGGCGCUCAAGAGCGCAGGGGUUUGUGGCCUGCGUUCGACCGGCACCAGUCUCUCACUAUCCGAGGCAGCGAGGCGCAGCGAUCGGUCUCCCCGCGCCCCGUGCGGUGUGGCCAUGGAGAAUCAGGUGCUGACGCCUCACGUCUACUGGGCUCAGCGACACCGCGAGCUGUAUCUGCGCGUGGAGCUGAGUGACGUACAGAAUCCUGCCAUCAGCAUCACUGAAAAUGUGCUGCAUUUCAAAGCUCAGGGACAUGGUGCCAAAGGAGACAAUGUCUAUGAAUUUCACUUGGAGUUCUUAGACCCUGUGAAACCAGAGCCGGUUUACAAACUGACCCAAAGGCAGGUAAACAUUACGGUACAGAAGAAAGUAAGUCACUGGUGGGAGAGACUCACCAAGCAGGAGAAGCGCCCACUGUUUUUGGCCCCCGACUUUGAUCGCUGGCUGGACGAGUCUGAUGCGGAAAUGGAGCUCAGAGCCAAGGAAGAAGAACGCCUAAAUAAACUAAGAAUUGAAAGCCAAGGGUCCCCUGAAACUCUUACAAGCUUGAAGAAAGGAUACCUGUUCAUGUAUAAUCUUGUGCAGUUCUUGGGAUUCUCCUGGAUCUUUGUCAACAUGACUGUGAGGUUCUUUAUUUUGGGAAAAGAGUCCUUCUAUGACACGUUCCACACCUUGGCCGACAUGAUGUAUUUCUGCCAGAUGCUGUCAGUUGUGGAAACUAUCAAUGCAGCAAUUGGAGUCAUUAAGUCACCAGUGAUACCUUGUCUUAUCCAGCUUCUUGGAAGAAAUUUCAUUUUGUUUAUCAUCUUUGGCACCAUGGAAGAAAUGCAAAACAAAGCUGUGGUUUUCUUUGUGUUUUAUACAUGGAGCGCAGUUGAAAUCUUCAGGUACCCCUUCUACAUGCUUUCCUGCAUUGACAUGGAUUGGAAGGUGCUCACAUGGCUUCGUUACACUGUGUGGAUACCCUUGUAUCCUCUGGGAUGUUUGGCAGAAGCUGUCUCAGUGAUCCAGUCCAUUCCAGUAUUCAAUGAAACAGGAAGAUUCAGUUUCACAUUGCCAUAUCCAGUGAAAAUCAAAGUUAGAUUUUCCUUUUUUCUUCAGAUUUAUCUCAUAAUAUUAUUUUUAGGGUUGUACAUAAAUUUUCGUCACCUUUAUAAACAGCGCAGGCGGCGCUAUGGACAAAAAAAGAAAAAGGUCCACUGAAAACAAAGAUUGAGAGGAUUCCUUGCCAGUUUGAGCCUAAUCUAUAAUUCUUACAGUUUUACCUUCUUGUACUGAUGUAAAAGUUUUUUUAAAGUUAAAUGAUUAAAUUCUCAGUGAAGCUAUCUUCCCUUUUCCCCCAUAACAUUCCUGAAUUUACCGAACUAUCUUAGUGUAGUACUUGCAUGACAUGGGUUCCUGGUAUCUGAGGACAGGUUUGUUCUUGUGUGUUCCAUUAAUGACCGCAAAAGACUCAGCCCUACCCCCACACACUCCUUGUCCUGUCACUCUCACACGGGCCAGAGAUAUUUCUUCAGUGCCCUAACCCUACCAGGUACUGGCCAUUCUUAUAGCUGGGAAUUGUUUUUUUCAGCUGUUGCUUGCAAGAAAAAAAACCACUGUUGCCUCUACAGGGGGCUGUGAAAGUGACUCAGGCAGGACCUUGGAUACAUUCUGUAUCCAAGGAGUUGCUUGUUAAGUGGGGUGGCAUUGAUUUUUGGAAAAUCAAGUUGAACUCAGUCAUUGAUAAAACAUUUCUGAGUCUGAGUGGAGCUACAGAACACCUAUUACCUCUGAAUCUUUUGGCCUCUAACACCACCUGCUACGUGCUUACCUGUGUGUGCACGGGAGAGGCAUGGAAUGAUUUGGGAGAAACCGGUCAGAACCUUGGAACACCAUGAUCACUUACUUCAUUCCUGGCUAAAUCAGAACUAUUUUCAACACUAGAGAAAGAUGAAACAUUAGUUAGAAAACAAUGAGAUUAUAAGAGUUCCAAACCCAAAUGGCUACAGGGUGUCAGAGGGUGAAACUGGCAGUAAGACAGCAGCUGGCAGUGCAGCCUGUGGCAACCUGGGAGCAGACAAAACAGACCUACAAAAUGGCCUCAGGCUGUGCACAUACAUAAAAAACCUUGCUAUCAUCCUCUGCACUGGCUGAGUCCAUUUACUUGUGUACCUGUCAGAGUGACUGGUAGAACUGACCUCAAAAACACCUGCUUUCUUUGGUUUCACCUGUCUGCCGUCAGACGGUAAAAACAGAGUGAGAACUUUGGCUGGAGAAGCUUAACAAAGCUUCCUGGCAGGAAACCCACCAACAGAGGAACUGAGGAAAAUCCAGACGUUGUAAAGUUUGGUCAUUGUCAAAAACAUUGUUUCCUCUAAUACAUUCCAAGUUAACCAAGUAAAAUAUGUUAGAAGUAAUGCUUGUAUUAAAGAAUUUAAGAGCAUGAUAGCUCUUUCUGUUCUGCCAUUCCUACUGUUCUUGGGAAAGGGGGACUCAGUGAGUUAUGCUGUUUCUCUGAGUCCAAUAUGGAAACUUGGUUUGACCUAAAAACAUCUGAUUAGCAUAGGCUGGCUGAUUUUUAUUUUUAUAAGUUCACUGCACUGAAGGGUAUUUUGCAUGUCUGUAACUUCUGUCAACACUUGUUUGUGUUAACUUCCGUUGUUCUUUCAAUUGACUUUCUAUGUUUAUUUGGACAGAUCAGCUUUGCAGUAUAUGCUGCAUCUUUGUGGCAGAAUCCUGUAUUCUUAGUGAUUGUUAAAACUCCUUUAUUGCUGUCUGAGAAAGCAAAAGAUUGUGUAUUUCUAUUAAACAUUUACAAUCAAAAUCCUAA